AUGAAGGAAGUUGAAGAACAUGCAACAAAUACAGUUGAAACCCUAUUAGAUGGUGGCCGAGGCUUUUCAAAGGUUAUAAGGUACAAGUGGUGGAUACAAAUAGCAAUGUUCACCAUGUUUGCACUCUCCGGCCAAUCAGUGGGAGCAAUGUUGGGAAGACUUUACUUCACCAAAGGUGGAAACAGUAAAUGGAUUGCAACACUUGUUCAAACUAUUGGAUUUCCACUUAUUUUUCCAUUCAUAUUCCUCUUUUCGCCUUCAAAAACACCCUCGGAGCACCCCGAGCAAAUCGCCGGAAAACCUUCUUGGACAACCCUUGUGAUUCUAUAUACAACUAUCGGCACAUUCUUGGCUACAAACUGCAUGUUGUAUACUUUUGGACUCAACUUUCUGCCAGUUUCCACGUAUUCAUUGAUCUGCACGAGUCAACUCGCAUUCAAUGCUUUGUUUUCAUACUUCCUUAAUGGUCAGAAGUUCACUCCUUUCAUAGCUAAUUCGCUUGUUCUUCUCAGUUUUUCGUCUACGCUACUUGUGUUCCAAGGCGAUUCUGAAGAGACUAGAAAAAUAUCGAGAAACAAGUAUAUUAUUGGUUUUGUAUGCACAAUUGCUGCUUCUGCAGGGUAUGGAUUAAUGCUUUCUAUAACGCAACUCGCAUUUCAAAAGAUUUUGAAAUCUACAAGUUAUAAUGUGGUAUUUGAUAUGAUCGUGUACCAAAACUUGAUAGCAAGUGUUGGAAUUCUCAUGGGACUAUUUGCUAGCGGCGAAUGGAAAGAUAUAAAGGGGGAAAUGGGGAGUUUUGAAUCUGGAAGGGUUUCAUAUAUAAUGAAUCUUGUGGGGACAGCUGUCUCAUGGCAAGUUUUCUCGGUUGGUUAUAUGGGUUUGAUCUUUAACGUUUCAUCUCUUUUCUCAAAUGUUAUUACCACUUUAAGUAUCCCAAUUGUGCCUAUUUUGGCCGUAAUGUUUUUUGAUGAAAAAAUGAAUGGAGUGAAGGUGAUUUCCAUGUUGUUAGCGAUAUGGGGAUUUCUCUCUUAUAUUUAUCAACAUUAUCUUGAUGACUUGAAGGAAAAGGAAAGUGCUAGACUUGUAAAUCAUGAUCGUGAAGUUAAUCAUACAUAA